AUGGCUCAGUCAUACGAGUCUCAGUUCCAGUACGCCAAACUUCCUGCUUAUCAAUGGCAAACAUUUGAUCCAAGCGCCGUUACAUACUCCCUUCAUCCUAUCAUUGCACCCGAGGAAAUUGAUCCCAGCAACCCUGAUACUGACGACCAGUUGAAGAAUGAGGAGACAGCCACCACCUCUGACGCUGUCGCAGAGCUUCCUCCCACACCCUCCGAAAAACAACCCAAGGUUAUGGAGGACACCACUGUCAUGAACGACGGAACGGCGCCAGAGGACACUAGCGCUGAGGAGGUCGCGAGAGAUGGAGACAACAAAGUAGCACCCCCUGAGACCCCUCCCGAGGGCGAGGACGUGCAGUCUAAGGAAGAUGGUGCUCCUGCCGCGAAUGAAGACGAGGCAUCGGCAGAUGCAUCGGACACCGUCGCGGAGCCAGACCAAGAGGAACCGAAAAACGAGAAUGUCGAGCAGCCUACCGAGGGCGAACCAAAGGAUCUCGGCGAAGACCAAGAUCCUGCUGACUCAUCUGAAGCUACCGCCAUCGAUUCGAGCGACAGCGACAAACCUUCCGAACCAGAGACAGUGGUGGAGGUAGUGGAGAAGAUGCAGGAAGCCGAUGUUCCUCCGGAGCAAAUUACUGAAGUCUUAGAAAAGGCCAUGUCUGACGUCGGAGCCGGUCCUGCUUCUCCCGAGUCAGCGGCCGACAUUGAACAGUCGUCGGGUGAGAGCGCAGAAAGCGCCGAAACACCCGCAAUAGAAAGUGAAGAAGGUGUGUCCGAUUCCACCGCAGAGCCAGCACUCGAAGAUGGCGGGGCACCGGCAGAGAGCCCUGCCGAUGAGGCAGAAGAUCCGUCAACUUCAGAUCAAGGCAAAACCAACGACGAAUCUACCGCUUCGGAGCCCGCAGAAAAGGUGGAGGAAACAAUUGAAGCAAGCGGAGAACCACCAGCCGACGAUGCUGAGAUAGAAGGGUCGCCGGACAGCACCGAAGGUGAUGUCUCUGCCACAGAUGCAUUAGAAGCGGCAGAUGAUGCGCACCCUGACCCGCCGGCUGGGGAGGAAAAGCAAGGCGAACAGGACGAUAACCUGGCGCCUGAGACUGUAGAGGCUGAUGGGAGCGGGGACAACGACGAUACGGAGGAGAACACUGCCUCUGAUGAUCCCGUUCCUGAUGAAAAAGCAGAGGAAAGUGCAGAAAAGGAGGAAUCGCCAGAAGCCGGCGUUGAGGCACCAGCGGCUGGAGGGGACUCCAGCCAAGACGAAGAAGCUGCCUCAGAAGAGACGCCAAUAGUAGAAAGCCCUCCCGAGGACGUACCGGCGCAAGAGGCCACGGCGGAAGAGGUCGUGGUGGAGGAUGGGUCGACCAAGGAGAUACCUGCGGAUGAAGAUGCCACCGAAGACCACGGAGCUGAAGAAACAAAGUCAGCGGAAACCGCUGAAGACGGGUCUUUGGAGAAAGCUGAAGAUUCAACGACAGGUGACGCCUCAAAGGAGGUGUCAGCGCAAGAACCAUCUACUGAAGCGACUGAGGAGCCUACUGCUGAGGAGCCUGUUGAGGAGCCUGUUGAGGAGCCUGUUGAGGAGCCUGUUGAGGAGCCUGUUGAGGAGGAGCCCGCCACCGAAGAGCCUACUACGCAACCUGCUUCUGAAGAAAUCGCAGACGAAGUAAAGGGAGAAACCACAGACGCACACGGCGAGGAACACAUCGACGAAUCUGCAGAGACCCCGGCAGAAGAGACCCCGGCAGAAGAGACCCCGGCAGAAGAGACCCCGGCAGAAGAGGCUGCAGCAGACGAAUCUCCAGCGGAAAAUACUCCUGAAGAGACUGCUGAGGGCCCUGAAGAGGUUGCUGAAGAGGCUCCUGAAGAGGCUGCUGAUACUCCUGAAGAGACUGCUGAAGAGGUUACUGAAGAGGCUGCAGAAGAGGCUGCAGAAGAGGCUGCAGAAGAGGCUCCAACGGAAAAGACUUCUGAAGAGACUCCAGAAGCGACUGCUGAAGCUCCUGAAGAGGCUCCUAAAGACACUGCUGAAGCUCCUGGAGAGGCUCCAGAAGAGGUUGCUGAGGCGCCCGAGGAGACCGUUAAAGCUCCCGAGGAAGCUCCCGAAGAGGCUCCAGAAGAGGCUCCAGAAGAGGUUGCUGAGGUACCCGAAGAGACUGUUGAAGCUCCUGAGGAAGCUCCCGAAGAGGCUGAUAACCCAGCUGAUGAAGGAGCCCCCGAAGAGCCUCUAGAAGAGGUUCCUGAGGCACCCGAGGAGACCGUUAAAACUCUCGAGGAUGCUCCCGAAGAGCCUCCAGAAGAGGUUGCUGAGGUACCCGAAGAGGCUGAUGACCCAGUUGAUGAAGCAGCCCCCGAAGACCCUGUGGUUGAGGCAACCGCGGCGGGGACGGCAGGAGAGCCUACACCUGAAGAACCUACAGAUGAAACCGGGGACGAGCCGGCGUCUGAAGAAGCUCCCGAAGAGGCACCCGUCGAAGAAGUUGCUGAGGAACCAGUGACCGAAGCAGCCUCUGGAGAGCCCGGGGCAUCAAUUGCUGCACCAGAAGAAACAGCCGAUAACGAUGCCACAGUCGACGAGGAGCCUGAAGCGGAGGAGGCUGGACACGAAGAAGAAGUUGAACCAGCUGCUGAAGAGAAAGAGAUCCCAGGAGUGGAGGGAUCGAUGUCCCCGCUUGAAGCAGCUGCUAUUGGCGCAGUCGCUGGUGCGGCGGGUGGCCUUAUGGCAUCGGAAGUGUCUAAAAGUUCAAAGGAAAGACGAAGGAAGUCUCAUGAAAAACGCGGACACAGUUCGAAAGAUCAAUUGCAUGGCCAUAGAGGGAAGCUUGAGAGAUCCAGAGGCGAAGCAGGACUAUUCGACAACGCAUUCGCGAGGCAAAUCAAAAGACAAGCCAAAGAUAAAGAGCAUAGCCGACACGACCGUUCACCUGAGGAGGAGCGUGAAAGAGCAGAGAGGAGGAGAGCCAGGAGAGCUCGGCAUGAAGGUGAGCGGCCUGUCACAAGGGAUGGUCAAAGUCGACGCCAGGCCGAGGAAGAAGGUGCCAAGGAAGAGAGAAGGCGUAGACGCCACGAAGAAAAGGAAAGGCGAAGAUCGGAGGCUGAAGGAACAGACGCCGCCAUGAAGAGGAGGAGCAAGGAGAAGGAGAAAGCACCAGAGUCAUCUCGAGAUGCUGCCACCGAAAGCAGCAGUGAGCCUAGGAGAACGAGGCGGCCCAGCAGCGCAGGAACUCAUUUUGGUGGUGGUUCUCCGGUGGUACCGAUUCCUGUCAUUUUGAAGAGGAUGGCCACAGGCGAGAGCGAUACCAGACCUCUGCUGAUGAUUAAGGUGAACGAUACCGACAUUUCAGGCGACAGAUCACGAGAGAGAACGAGGAGUCGUCAUCACGAGCACCGCGAACAUAGACACCACAGGUCUCGCGAAGAUGCUUCGGAUCGAGAGCGAGAUGACAAGGACGAUGUUACAGAGGACCGGGGAAAGUCAUCGAGACACGCAAGCUCAAGGAGGGAUCGCCAUUACCAUCCUGAGCCUCGCACAACUCCAAGGUUCGGAAUCUUGGGCAAAGCAAUCAAUACACUUGUGGAGCACACGACUGUCAGGGAGAUCUGGCGAGGAGAGAGGGUCGGUGCCUGA